AUGGAGCUUGAACCUGAAACCCCCAGCUCCUCCAGUGGUUCUCCAGGAGCCUCCCGGGAAUACAAAGUGGUGAUGCUGGGAGCAGGUGGAGUGGGAAAAAGUGCCAUGACAAUGCAGUUCAUAAGCCAUCGGUUCCCUGACUACCACGAUCCCACCAUUGAGGAUGCUUAUAAAACACAAGUCCGGAUAGAUGACGAACCUGCUUACUUGGACAUAUUGGACACUGCUGGACAAGCAGAAUUCACAGCCAUGAGAGACCAAUAUAUGAGGGGAGGAGAGGGCUUCAUUAUCUGCUAUUCCAUCACGGACCGCCAGUCCUUUCAAGAGGCAGCAGAAUUCAAGGAGCUCAUUUAUCGCGUGCGGCAUACCUAUGACAUCCCCUUGGUGUUGGUGGGCAACAAAAUUGAUCUCAAAGAGUUUCGGCAGGUGUCCAGGGAAGAAGGUACGAACCUGGCCAGACAAUAUGGCUGCCCCUUCUUCGAGACCUCUGCUGCCUUUCAUUUCUAUAUCGAUGAUGUCUUUUACAGACUUGUGAGGGAAAUCCGAAAGAGGGAGAUGUCUCUGUCUCUGGCAGAAAGGAAACAGAAAAGCAAGGACAGUCUGUGGCAGAGACUGAAAGGAUCUUUGAAGAAGAAAAAAGAAAGUCCUUCUUGA